CCGCACAGUGUAUUUUUCGCUGCCAACGUGAUACGACGUGUCUCUGUGUUGCGUUCUGCGUUCUCUGCGUGUUCACCGUUUUCGUCGUAAGCGAAUGAAGGAAAUAAAAGAAACGGAGCGUAGUCGUCGUCGUCGUCGUCGUUGUUGCCGUCGGUGAAGUUUAUUAUUAUUAUUGCCGUUAUAAAAAACACACAAAAAGCGAGCACCAAACCACACACAACAACCGAAAAGCUACGCCUGGAAAUCGCGCGCGUUUUUCCCCGUACAGCCUAGCUUAGCAUUACGUGAUGCAUUACGUUCUUUAGUGUUACCGCGAAAACAACAAUUUUGAAUGAAAAUUUAGAAACAAAGAAAAUAGAGAAAAACUACUCAAUAUUUUCUGUUGCCGAAAAGGGGGCAGCUACUUAGACGAGGGGAUCCCGCCGAUCCCCCCGCAAUAUCUCCAACUCUCUCUCUCAUCCAAACUUUUGCCGUCGCAAAACAGCAAAAAUUUCAAAAUACAAAAAAUAUAUUGCUAAGAAACAAUUUCAUUUGUUUAACUCUAGUAACGUAGUAUGUAGAAGCAGCUGUGAUAAAUAGUGCGCAUAUUAUACGAGAAUUAACAAAAUAAACAACAACAAUACGGAAAAAGAGUAUACGAAAAACAAGCAACAACAACUACAAGAAUCCCAAGGAAAAGUCCAACCCAAAUGGAAAACGGCAAGGAAAACUAGAGAGACGAAGAAGACGAGCCAUGGAUUUAUGACAAGACCCAACAACAACAAUCAACAAAAAUUAUGUUGCAGCAACAACAACAAUACUUGAGUAUACCAAGAACAACAACAACUAUAACUACAGCAACGGCAACUAACAACAAAUUGUAUACGAUUUUUAUAUAAAAAGAAAAACCAAACAAAACACACAAAUUAUAUGUAAAUAAAAUAUUAUAACGAAAAAGGAAAACUUUAAGCAAAAAAAAAAAAAAACAGAUCUCCUACAACAAAUCGCGCGCGUAACAACAACAAGUAUACAAAAACGUAAUAAUAAUACAUAAAAUCUAAACAAAUGUGCCUGUGAAAUAAUAAUAAAAGAAAAAGAAGAGAAGAACGAAGCACAAAAAGCUUCCCCAAAAUUAGAUGUAAAAGUGCAAACAUAAAAUCCAAACAAACAAAUAAUACAAAAACAAAAGUAAUACAAAAAUUCCAACUAAACUGAUAAAAAGAACUGGAAAACCUAAAAGUACAGUAGAGCGUCCCUAAAGCAAAAAGUACCAGCGGAAGCGGCGCAGGACGAAGCAGAAGGUAGAAGCGUCGGAGCGGGACGUCGAUUUGUGUGUUGCGACCCCAAUUUGUCGGUUCUACUCCAAAAGUGGCACAAAUCGGGUUAGACGUCGCUCCCAGAGCAUUAAUGGCUCAGCCCAGGUAUGACGAUGGCCUACACGGCUACGGCAUGGACUCCGGUGCCGCCGCAGCGGCCAUGUACGAUCCACACGCCGGACACCGACCGCCCGGACUGCAGGGCCUCCCCUCGCACCACUCUCCGCAUAUGACACACGCGGCUGCGGCGGCGGCCACAGUGGGCAUGCACGGCUACCAUUCGGGGGCCGGGGGUCAUGGAACACCUAGUCAUGUAUCGCCGGUCGGUAAUCACCUAAUGGGCGCAAUACCCGAAGUACAUAAACGUGAUAAGGAUGCCAUUUAUGAACAUCCGCUAUUCCCGCUUUUGGCGCUGAUCUUUGAGAAGUGCGAAUUGGCCACAUGUACGCCGAGGGAGCCCGGGGUGCAAGGUGGCGAUGUCUGUUCGUCGGAAUCGUUCAACGAGGAUAUUGCAAUGUUCAGUAAACAGAUAAGAUCACAGAAACCCUAUUAUACCGCAGAUCCCGAAGUCGACUCACUGAUGGUGCAAGCAAUACAAGUACUUCGGUUUCACCUUUUAGAAUUAGAAAAAGUGCACGAAUUAUGCGAUAACUUCUGUCAUCGGUAUAUAUCGUGUUUAAAGGGUAAAAUGCCAAUAGAUUUAGUGAUCGACGAACGGGACACCACCAAGCCACCGGAGCUGGGAUCGGCGAACGGAGAAGGGCGCAGCAAUGCCGACUCCACGUCGCACACCGAUGGAGCUAGUACACCAGACGUUCCCAGCACCCAAGACUUUUCACCGCUGGAGGAGACCUAUGCCAGCUAUCGCAUCAAACACGAGGCGGACUUCUAGUCCAGCCCCGAUUUUAACCCCCUCCCCCCCCAUCAGUUCUCUAUAAAUAUACGGAAAAUCGAUCUAAUAUAAAGAUAAAGCUUAGCCAUGUAGUUUGUAACUAAAAUCCAGUCUAGGCUGCGCUUAAACAAAAAGAAAAGAAAGAGAUAGAAAGAAGUAUAUAGUUAAUUCCUAGAAACUUCUAUCCCCACAUAUAUAUAUAAAUAUAUAUUUUCUAAAGCUUAGUUUGAAAAUUUUUAAUUUCCUCUAUAAUUUCGGGAAUUUUUCAAUUUAGCAAACGUGUAUACGAUUUUUCUAAAAACAAAACGUCCUUUUUCCCUUCGUGUGUUUUACAACACUGGAGCGAAACUUGCCAAAUAAUACGAGAGAAAAAAAAAGGAAGAGAAUGUUAAAAAGAAGACAUAAGGAUAUUUUCGUUAAUCACUUUUUUUUUUGUUUUUGUUUUCAACUCUCAUCAUGCAACGCAUAUACGUAAAAAAGAGAUACCAGAAAAGCAAAAAAACCCAAAACCUGAGUUCAAAUGCAAAGUAUACGAAUAAAACAUUAUUGUUUAUUACAUAGAGAAAGCAACAAAAAAUACGAAAAAAAACAACAACUAAGAAACUUAAAGUUAAUUUAAUUAAAUUGAGGAUCCGAACGAUCGACAUUUUAAAUGAGCCGAGGAACUUUCAAGAACAAUUGAUAUACGUAAAAGCAAACAGCAAAACCAACUAAAACUAAACAAACUUUAAGCAUUUACUAAACGAAGCAAAUCGAAAACUACGCGAUACUAUUAUUAUUAAAUAAAUAUAAAGGGAAGGAGGAAAGCUAAAUGUAAUUUAAUUGAAUUAGAAGGAGAGAAGGAGCAGCCGCUACCCUCCAAUCCCCCCCAACUUGUAUACUAUAGCGUACGUUAUAUAGUUCUUAGUCAGGCCCCCUGAACCCUAGGCAGUCGUAACCCUCAACAUGCAAUACGAAAGGAUAUGAGAAAACGCAAUUCUUCUCUAGCUACCAAAACACUUUCUACUGCUAACUUCUACUACUAUUUUGAGUUGUAGAACACUACUACUAAACAAAAACUACAAAAUACAAAUAAAUGUACUUAAAUCGAGCUGCGAUCAGUCGAUCCAGCAGCUCCUUCAGCUAUAUGGGCAGUCAUUUGUAUACUUAGACUAUAGUUGAACCGAUUUCCCAGCGGUUUAUUAUAGCCAACUAACUAAACAACAACAACAACAAGAAGAAACAACAACAACAAAGCUUUUGUACUAUUUUUUCAAAACUAACAAGAAAAUGAGGGAAAACUUUCUUGCAAAAUUAUGAAAAUUCAAAUAGUUGUUGUACUUUGUCUCAAAACCCUUAAAAAAAACCUAAAAAUCUUGUAUGUAAGAAACUAAAUUUAAACUCGAAAAAUUGCUGUAAUUAUGUAAUAAUUUUUCUGUUAGCAUAAUUCGCCGCUUUUAGUUAAAAAAAAAAAAAAAAAAACACUGUUGCAAAAAAGGAGAGAAAAAACUUUGUUUCCUAUGAUUUAUUGUGUGAGCUUUUUGCAUUUUCGUUGAACCAUUAUACUUUAAUGAUUUUCUGUAUUAAAUGUUUUGCUAAAAAAUAUUAUAAAAACCAAGCAAAAAUUUUUUAUUGUUGCAUUGUAUAAAUAAACUUAAAAUACACACACAAACACACACAAAAUACUGAAACUGAAAUACGUAAUUGCUUUAGGUGAUAUUUUAUAAAAAUAUAACGCAAGUAAAAAUAAUAAUAAAAAAUGAAAAUGAAAAAAAAAA